AUGCAGGAGGUCAUUGCAGGGCUGGAGCAGAUCACCUUCACCUUCGAGAAGGAUGUAGAGAUGCAGAAGGGCACUGGACUCCUGCCUUUCCAGGGCAUGGACAAGUCGGGCUCAGCUGUAUGCAGCUUCUUCGCUAAAGGGCUCUGCGAGAAAGGGAAGCUGUGCCCCUUCCGGCAUGACCGAGGGGAGAAGAUGGUGGUGUGUAAGCACUGGCUCCGGGGGCUGUGCAAGAAGGGCGACCAGUGCAAGUUCCUGCACCAGUACGACAUCACCAGGAUGCCAGUGUGCUACUUCUACUCCAAGUUCGGUGGCUGCAACAACAAGGAAUGUCCCUUUCUCCAUGUGAAGCCGGCCUUCGAGAGCCGGGACUGUCCGUGGUAUGACCAAGGCUUCUGCAAGGACGGUCCCCUGUGUAAAUAUCGCCACGUCCGCAGGAUAAUGUGUAUUAACUACUUAGCUGGCUUCUGCCCUGAGGGACCCAAAUGCCAAUUUGCACAAAAGGUACAAUCUCCCAAGACUGUACCAGGAAGAAACAAAAUAUGA